AUGGAAGCACAACAUUCCACGCCAAACCGUCAUAAUGACAGCGCAAAGUACCGCUGUGCGAUAAUUGGCUCGGGCUUAGCAGGCCUAACAAACAGUUACUUGUUGCAGGGCGAUGAGCGCUAUAAUGUAGCCGUGUUUGAACAGGCCGACCGUCUCUCCUUCGAUUCAGCUUCUAUCACCGUCAAAAACGAUACCACAAACGAUGCCGAACGAAUUGAUCUACCCAUGCGCGCGAGCGCUGGUGGUUACUAUCACCACCUGAUGCGCAUGUACCAACAUUUAGAAAUACCGCUUCACCCCAUCAAAUUCCUCUUCGUAUUCUCGAAAGCGACCCCGACGUCCGAUGGAACUGUCUCGCACAAGGGCAGCGACAACGAGAGCUAUUUCAUUCAUGCAUCGAACCUACACCAGACGCCGCCGCCGUGGCCUGGCAAUCGUGGCCUGAUUGCACACAUAACCGAAAUUCUAUACCUCAUUGUGUGCCAAUUCUGGUUCACCAUCGCAUGCUUCCUCGUCGCGCCCCUCGAUGCUACCUCCACCUCGACUGGAUACAGCGAGUCCCUCUCCGAAUACUUCGACCGAAUUCGAUUACCGAGACGCUAUAUAUCACAUUACCUACUUCCGCUGCUGAGCGGUGUGGCUACGUGUACACAUCAAGAGAUGCUGCAGUUUCCUGCGAGCGACGUCGUGAACUACAAGAAGCUGUCGCACGGGCAGCAGCAUUAUGCUGUUUGCGGUGGCGUCUCGCAGGUGCAGAGCAGAUUGACUAAAGGGCUGCACGACAUUAGGCUUAAUAGUCGCGUGGUCGAAGCUGUGCCUCAACCCGAUGGAACGGUCGUGGUGCGCUGGCAGUCAACCAUCGACCCUUCUGGACGCAUCCUAGAACAAGUCUUUGAUCGCGUCGUACUCUCUGUGUCCCCAGACGUCGCAGGCCGAAUCUACAAGCCUUUGCACUCCACAUUAGAGAGGUUCCCUACACGCCAGGUUGAAAGUUCCGUAUUGAAGCCCGAGCCGUCGGGAAUCAGCGUCGUUGAACUUGAAGACACCUGCCAAACGUUCGCUUGCAUGCAUCAUUCUAGAGAUCCCUCAGCAGCCCAGACAAUGACUCUACGGACCCUGUUCCCCGAUAUGGGCAGUCCUCGCACCGAGGCACUGCACACCAUGCCCAGCGGAGUCGUGGUUAGCACGUGUCCCCUUCGCGAAGCGGCGCAGCCAGAUGCAAUUAAAAAGGCCAGGUUUACGAGAACCCUUCGUAGUGUGGAGAGCCAGGCCCUUGUUCAAGAGCUGAUGGGAGACAACCCGGUCAAUAAGAAGCAGGCUGAUGAUGAUCACAAGGCUGGUUGGGUUAAUGGACAAGAUAAUGUCUGGGUUGCUGGGGCGUGGUGUUGGGAUGGUCUGGUAUUGUUAGAAGGUUGUAUCGAAAGUGCGAUGCGAAUCGCUUCAGACUUUGGAGUAGCAAUUCCCUGGGAACAGGUAUAA